GAACUAAUAGUAUUCUAUGAAAGUUUCAAUUUGAUUGAUAUAUCUGUCAAUUUUCGAUCAAUUCAGUGCUGGAUAAUUUGAAUUUACAAAUACGAAGUACUGGAAGUGAAAAAAUUCAUUGUCUGAGAAUCUUUCAAAAUAAUGAUCGCGAAAUGCAAGGAUAUAACAACCAAAAUUAAUGAGUUAGAGAAUCGAGUCAAUAGCAUUUCUAAACCAAAAUUAUCAUUGUCUGAAGAUGAAUCAAAGAGGCCAUCUACUGCACCUGUCGAUUCUUGUCAAACGAACUCCCGAGUUAAAAUUGCCCAUCAAAUGAUUAGCCAAAUACAGAGACAAAUAAAUAAAGAAAUGGUUGAAGAUUGCAUGAAAGAGCCCUUGAGUUUUCCACAAACUGUAAAAUGUGACGCCGAAAAAGAAAGUGAUGCUUUAGAAAUGGAUGUGAAAAAUGAUCAAUCCAUAAUUUCAAUAAAGAGUCCACCAACAACCAACCGAAAAACUUUUUGCGAAUGUAUGAUGUGUAAUCCUAUCAAUAAGGAAAGCGGAAAAAUUAGAGAUAUAACAGUAAUGGGAAUGGUAAACAAUUUUUCUAGCAAAUGGCCGAGAGUGAAAUCAUUCGAGAAGACUUCUUCAAAACUCGAAAAGCCAUUGAGUGACGAUGAUAAGACCAUGGAUAAUUUCCUGAUCGACAGCCUGAGAGGUGAAAUUGAGAAGGUGAGGCACAGACUUUGUGAAAUUGGCAAACGCCCCUGUGAAAAUCAACACUUAGAUUCAAAUAUAUUGAAAGAAAAAACGAUUGUUUCUAUCAACCCAUCAGGAGAUCAUGACUAUGAAUCGCAACUCGUUAAAGAAAUUAGGAAUCUUCAGAUGAAAAAUGAGGAACUUACUGAAAAACUUGAAAAUUAUAAAGAUAUACAAGCAAAUUCGAUGAAGAAGGCAAAGGAUACUGCUUAUCUUUUGAGUGCUUAUGAAGAUAAGGUAAAUGCUUUGCAUGAGCAGGCCUUAAAAUCUUCCAAAAUAAUGGCUCAUAGUAAAGAAAAAUUUUGUCAAAUAUUACGAACAAGAAAUGCACAAAUCAAAAACUUAUUCCAUAUAAACCAACAAUUAAGAAAAACCCUCGCUAUUAAUCAAGAACAAAUGAAUCAACUCAAUGAAAAUUACAAAUUAUUGAAAGAUAAUUAUAAAGAAUUGGAGAAUAACGAUAAACAGAAUCAAGAGGAGAAUUUAGCAUUCCGAGAAACAAUGGCUAAGCUAGAAGAAGAGCUCAAGCUUGUUUACAAGGAAUGCAAAGAAUUGAAAGAAGAAAAUGUUCGAUUUCUGAAGGAACUUAGUGAGACACGAGAAGGAAUUGACAGGAAAUACUCUUCACAAUUUGAUAAACAUAAAAACCAUUGUCAUAGCCUAAUAAUGCAAACUGCACGAAGUGGGGCCAAAUUAAUUCAGGAAGUCACUGUUAUAUCUGAAAGUUUACAUAGUCAAGGAGAUGAUCUUGUGAAUCUCAGAUCAGAAGUUAGAAAUGAAACAUUUGAACUGGAUUUGAAGUACAAUAAACUAUUAUACCAAUAUGAAGCCCUAGUAAGAAAAUUUCGUGAAUACGAACAGUUCGAUGAAAUCAAAUGUAGCUGCAUAGAACAGGAGCUCAAAGAAUUCUCCAUCAAAAUGAAGGAGAAAGAAAGUAUAAUUUUAAGAGAAAGAGACGAGCUCAGAGCACUGGUUGAAGAACUUGCUAAAGCAAUAAGACGCAACAAGACUGCUAUACAAGAACUCAACUCAACUAAUGAGCAACAAGAAAAUGUUAUUGACAAUAUGAAUGCAAUAAUCAAAAUGAAGGAUGAGCAAUUGCUGAAAUAUCAAAAAAAUAUUGAACAAAUCAAUAACGAUUAUGUAAUUGCUCAAAAAGAAAUAGAUACACUUAAGAAGAUCCUGAAUGAAAUAGAUCACAAAAGUUUACCAGAACAUCAAGAUAUGGAAAAGGAAUUGGCAAAUCUGAGGGAAAUAGUGAACCAAGAGAAAGAUAACAAUUUGAUCAAGCAGAAAAUCAUUGAAGGUCAUGAGGAAACUAUUGGCGAACUAAAAGAACAACUAAAUAAGAAAUCUAACGAAAUUGAAAACAGAGUUCAAAGCCUCUGCAAACUUAGGGAUGAAGUUGGCCAACUCGCAGAAAACCUGAGGUAUAAAGAUAUGGACCUAAAGAAAGAAAAACAGGAGAAAUCGAAAAUACUACAUGAGUUAGAGAGCAUUAAUACAUACAAAGAGUCCCUAGUCAAGCAGAUCUCAGAUUUGGAGAAUAUAGUCAAAGGUCGUUGCAUGGAUGAUGAAAUUAAUCAAAUAAAUCAACAGGAAACCAUAGAAAAGUUAGAAAAACAAAUACAAGAUCAGAAAGAAGAUUGGGAAGUGCAAAGAAAAGUUUUGCAGAAAGAUAAGGAGAAGGCUCUGCAUGCCGCUAAAUUUGCUUCCCAAAAAUUACUUGACACGGUGAAUGAUUUUCAAAAACAAAUGUCCCAACAGAAAGUUGCUCAAACAAAGUUAGCAAUGCUACUUCAUGGAAAGGAGCAACAGUUAGAAUCUUUAACAAAGAAAGUCAGAUCCCUUCUACCAUCUCACAAUGGAACAGAUAGUAUUUUACCGAAUAAGACUUCAUAUCCACAAAACAUCUGCACAAGCUUCUGUCAAAUUAGACAAAUAUUCCCUGGUCCUGAACGAAUGAAUCAUUCGAAUGCUUCGAUCGAAGAAGAAGAUUCCGAAUCUUAUUUAGACGGAUCGAAUUCCUGUUCUGGAUGUUGUGAUUUUUCUGAUGCUUGAAAUCAUUCUUCGUCACACCAAAAUAAAAACAAAAUCUCUUCCCAAUAAAUGAAUGUCAAAAAAAAAUAUUAGUGUCAACUAUUUCUUCAAUAAAGAAAUACAUAAUUCAACCAAUAA